CUCAGGGGGCGGGGCCGAUCGAUCUUCUCCGGUUCUGACACACUCGGCAGGCCCAGUGGCCCGAAUCCGCUGGAGCGUACGUUCGGGGGGAAUUUGUGCUUGCCGGCGAUGUGGGGUGGCGAUCGCCUGGCGGGUGCGGAGGGUGGUGGGGUAGCGGUGACUGUGGUCUUCACCAACGCUCGAGACUGCUUCCUCCACUUGCCGCGGCGUCUCGUGGCCCAGCUUCACUUGCUGCAGAAUCAAGCUAUAGAAGUGGCCUGGGGUCAUCAGCCUGCAUUCUUGAGCUGGGUAGAAGGCAGGCAUUUUAGUGAUCAAGGUGACAGUGUGGCUGAAAUUAACAGACAACUUGGUCAGAAACUUGGACUCUCAAAUGGGGACCAGGUGUUUCUCAAGCUGUGCUCCCAUGUGGUGUCUUGUCAACAAGUGGAGGUGGAACCCCUAUCAGCAGAUGAUUGGGAGAUACUGGAACUGCAUGCUGCUUCCCUUGAACAGCAUCUGCUAGAUCAAAUUCGAAUAGUUUUUCCGAAAGCCAUUUUUCCUGUUUGGGUUGAUCAACAAACUUACAUAUUCAUCCAAAUUGUUGCACUGAUUCCAGCUGCUGCUUAUGGAAGGCUGGAAGCUGACACCACACUCCUUAUUCAGCCAAAGACCCGCCAGGCCAAAGAGAAGACAGUUUCAAAAGCAGAUAAUGCACAUGGGAAAUUUCACAAUAGGUCUAAUAAAACAGAAGUUACAGUUGACUCACCAUCCGUGCCAAGCUUAUGGACUUUGAUAGGAAGCAUUUUUUCUUUUGGGUCUGAGAAGAAACAAGAGCUAUCUUGGGGUUUAACUGAAAUGAAUGCAUUCAAAAAUAUGCAGUCCAAAGUCGUUCCUCUAGACAAUAUUUUUAGAGUGUGCAAAUCGCAGCCUCCCAGUAUGUGUAAUGCCACAGCAACUUCUGAGUUUCGCAAACACUAUGCCGUUCAUGUAUUUCCAUGGGACCAGGAAUAUUUUGAUGUGGAGCCCAGCUUUACUGUGACCUAUGGAAAGCUAAUUAAGCUACUUUCUCCAAAGCAACAGCAAAGUAAAACAAAACAAAAUGUCCUGUCACCUGAAAAAGGGAAGCAGAUAUCAGAACCACUAGAUCAAAAACAAAUCAGCUCAGACCAUAGUCAAGAAGCUGCUAAGUCCUGUGUGCUAAAGGUUGUCUGGAAUGGACUUGAGGAAUUGAAGAAUGCCAUAAAGUACACCAAAGACAUAGAAGCGCUUCAUCUUGGGAAAGUCUGGAUUCCAGAUGACCUGAGAAAGAGACUAAAUAUAGAAAUGCAUGCAGUAGUCAGAAUAACUCCAGUGGAAAUUACCCCUAAAAUUCCAAGAUCUCUAAAAUUACAACCUAGAGAAAACUUACCUAAAGAUGUAAGUGAAGAAGAUGUAAAAACUGUGUUCUCUUCAUGGCUACAGCAAUGUACCACUACCACACUUCCUUUGAUAAUAUCAGAGGAAGAAUAUAUUAAGCUGAUAAUUAAAGAUGAGUUGGAGGAGUUUUCUCUAAAUAUAGUUCAUUCUUGGGAAAAAGAAAAAGAAAACAUUUUUUUAUUGAGUCCCAAUCUGCUGCAGAAGAUCACAAUACAAGUCCUUCUAGAUCCUAUGGUAAAAGAAGAAAACAGUGAGGAAAUUGACUUUAUUCUUCCUUUUUUAAAGCUGAACUGCUUGGGAGGAGUGAAUUCUUUAGGUGUGUCUUCCAUGGAACACAUCACUCACAGCCUCCUGGGGCGCCCUUUGUCUCGGCAGCUGAUGUCCCUUGUAGCAGGACUUAGGAACGGAGCCCUUUUAUUCACAGGAGGAAAGGGCAGUGGAAAAUCAACUUUAGCCAAGGCAGUCUGUAAAGAAGCAUUUGACGUAUUGGAUGCCCAUGUGGAGAUAGUGGACUGUAAAACUUUACGAGGAAAAAGGCUUGAACACAUACAAAAAACCUUGGAGCUGGCUUUCUCAGAGGCAACAUGGAGGCAGCCUUCUGUGGUUCUGCUGGACGACCUUGACCUCAUUGUUGGCCUGCCUGCUCUCCCAGAACAUGAGCAUAGCCCUGAGGCUGCGCAGAGCCAGAGGCUUGCACAUGGUAAUGCUUUGAAUGAUGCAAUGAAAGAGUUUAUUUCCAUGGGAAGUUUGGUAGCACUGGUUGCCACAAGCCAGUCUCAACAUUCACUGCAACCUCUGCUCGUCUCGGCUCAAGGAAUUCACAUAUUUCAGUGUGUGCAACAUAUUCAGCCUCCUGAUCAGGAGCAAAGAUGUGAAAUGCUACAUAAUGUAAUAAAAAAUAAACUGGGCUCUGAUGUAAACAAGUUCACUAAUCUUGACCUGCAUUGUAUAGCUAAACGAACUGAAGGGUUUGUGGCUAGAGAUUUUACAAUGCUUGUGGAUCGAGCCAUACAUUUUCAUCUCUCUCACCAGAGCAUAUCCACCAGAGAAGAAUUAGUUUUGACAACAUUGGACUUCCAAAAGGCUCUCCAAGGAUUUCUUCCUGCAUCUCUGCGAAAUGUCAACUUGCAUAAACCUAGGGACCUGGGCUGGGAUAAAAUUGGUGGAUUACAUGAAGUUCGGCAGAUACUCAUGGAUACUAUCCAGUUACCAGCCAAGUACCCAGAACUAUUUGCAAACUUGCCCAUACGACAAAGAACGGGAGUACUGCUGUAUGGUCCUCCUGGGACAGGAAAAACCUUACUAGCUGGAGUAGUUGCACGAGAGAGUGGAAUGAAUUUUAUUAGUAUCAAGGGGCCAGAGUUACUGAGCAAAUACAUUGGAGCAAGUGAACAAGCUGUUCGGGAUAUUUUUAUUAGAGCACAGGCAGCCAAGCCCUGCAUUCUUUUCUUUGAUGAAUUUGAAUCCAUUGCCCCUCGACGAGGCCAUGAUAAUACAGGAGUUACAGAUCGUGUGGUUAACCAGCUGCUGACUCAGUUGGAUGGGGUGGAAGGCUUACAGGGUGUUUAUGUAUUGGCUGCUACUAGUCGCCCUGACUUGAUUGACCCUGCCCUGCUUAGGCCUGGCCGACUCGAUAAAUGUGUAUACUGUCCUCCUCCUGAUCAGGUGUCACGUCUUGAAAUUUUAAAUGUUCUCAGUGACUCUCUACCUCUGGCAGAUGAUGUGGACCUUCAGCACGUGGCAUCAGUAACCGACUCCUUCACGGGAGCUGACCUGAAAGCUUUACUGUACAAUGCCCAGUUAGAGGCCUUACAGGGAAGGCUGCUGUUCUGUGGGCUCCAAGAUGGAAGUUCCAGCUCUGAUAGUGACCUAAGUCUGUCUUCAAUGGUUUUUCUCAACCACAGCAGCGGCUCCGAUGAUUCAGCUGGAGAUGGGGAGUGUGGCUUGGAGCAGUCCCUGGUUUCUCUAGAGUUGUCUGAGAUGCUUCCAGAUGAAUCAAAAUUCAAUAUGUACCGGCUCUACUUUGGAAGCUCCUACGAAUCAGAACUCGGGAACGGAACAUCUUCUGAUCUGAGCUCACAGUGCCUGUCUGCACCAAGCUCCAUGACACAGGACUUUUCUGGAGUCCCUGGGAAAGAUCAGUCAUUUUCACGACCUCCAGUGUUCAGAACAUCCUCACAAGAGGGUUCCCAAGAACUUACACAGGAACAAAGAGAUCAGCUACGGGCAGAUAUCAGUGUCAUCAAAGGCAGAUACCGGAGCCAAAGUGGAGAGGAUGACUCCCUUAACCAACCAGGACCAGUCAAAACCAGUUUGGCUAUUAGCCAGUCGCAUUUAAUGGCCGCCCUCAGUCACACAAGGCCAUCCAUUAGCGAAGACGACUGGAAGAAUUUUGCUGAACUGUAUGAAAGCUUCCAAAAUCCAAAGAAAAGAAAGAAUCAAAGUGGAACAAUGUUUCGACCUGGACAGAAAGUGACUGUGUCAUUGCAGUUCUGGUACAUCAAGAUUGAAUUGAGGCAAUUCCGGGACAGUAGAACUGCCUUAAAGAUUGUUGGACAAUCCUGUUGUUGGACCAAAGGAUGGUCCUGCCGCCCCAGUUGUGCUGGGUUAUUGGAUGAUGGUAGAGGAGACACACGGCGGGCUGGAAAUGUGGCAGGUCUUGAAAAGGAAAUAAUCUCUCCUUCCAACACCUAUAAUGGCUGAUCCAAAUGAUACUCAGCACUUCCUUAGGUACGUGUGGUUCUCAGCUGGUGAAGGAAUCCUUGACUUGCAGGAACCAAGUGUGAUUUAUCACUGCUUCACUCAAAAUAGGGCCUUGGCAGCCGGUAAAGCCAUUAAAGAUAUUGUGCGUCUCAACCCUAAAAAUAAUUCUGAAGAAAUACUUGCAGUGAGUGAACUGUGACAGGAGUUUCUCCAGGUGGAUACUUCAUUCAUGUGUCUAAGGCUGACUGCUGUAUGUAGAUCACUAUGGACAGGUAGGGUUAAUGGGGGCUACCAUCUGCUACUUCCUAGUUCACAUCCAUCAUCAUCUGGUCCUUGUAGACACUACUCAAAGUUCUUUGUCAUAUAAAUACUUUACACUUAUGGUUUACUUUGUCUACACAUAGAAUCAUUAUUCCCAAAUUACCAAUGAUUAGUUUGUUUUUUCACACAUAAAAAAACAGGACCUUGCUUAUCGUAGGCACUCAAAUAUAUGCUUAACAAAUAUUAACUCAAAAUAUAUAAUCAUGUGAAAACAGAACUGCAAGGCAAAGACAAUAUCUUGGUGAAAGAUUCCAAUGGCAAGCAGUACCUGGCACAUGGUAAGUGUUUAUUAACAUGUGUUGUGUAUGUACCUACAUAGAGCAAUGGACGUGACUAAGGUACUUGAUCUAAAGAGUCCCUUCAUUUGCAGGGAGGUUUCAGGGUUUUUGGCAGACAAGAAAGAAGGUCAACACAACAUAUUGAAGAACACUGGAUUAGGAGUAAGCAGAGUAGUUCAUGGAGCUCUUUUGCCACAGGAAGGCCAUUUAACCAUCUGGGGUCUUGGCUGCCCAUACUCUUGGCCAUCAGACCCAGUGGUUCCCACUCAGCUCCCCCUAGCAUGCCUGAUCUGGACUCCAGUUCAACAGAUGGCAGUGACCUUUUAACUCUCCUGCCCUGGUGCUGACCACAGUGGCACUGAAGUGAUGGCCUCUGCAGUACUGGGUAUGGUAUCUGCAGCAUUACCCGAAUAUCUUGUUGCACUUUGUCCUUAUUGUUUAACAAAUGUGGAUGGUAGAUAGCAAUAAGAAAUCCUGAUGCUUGUGAUAACAGGUCCCACACGCCAUUGCCUUUUUGUCAGUUGAGACAUGCGUGGAAAUCACUAGUACACUAAAUCCUUAGCCAAACCAGUGGCUUCUUUUUUUUUUACGUUUAUUUAUUUAAGUAAACCCCACAUCCAGUGUGGAGAUCCCCAAGAUCAAGAGCCACAUGCUCUUCUGACUGAGCCAGCCAGGUGCCCCCCAAACCAGCUGCUUCUGGACUCAAUCUGUAAACUGUAUGUUCAGCUGUGAGAGUGAUACACAAAUUUGAAAACAUGAUGGAUAUCAAUUUCUACUCUUCAUUGAGUGCUUACUCUGCUAAGUGUUUAACAUACAUGAUCUUGCUUGACCCACUGAGGUAGCUGCUAUUUACAAUCCCUAUUUUAUAGAUGAAGAAACACGAGAGAGGUUGCCACACAGCCCAGUCACACAGCCACUUGCCAGUGCAGCCAGGAGCUGAGCUCGCUCCAUGACUUGUUGACUAUUUUAUCUUCGACAAGUUCAUUAAUUUCUCUGUGCCUCACUAUUUUCAUCCAUAAAGUGGGAAUAACAGCAGCACUUCAUGGAGGGGAUUGAAUAAAGUAAAGCAUGUGACAUGCUCACCUCGGUGGCUGAUGCAUAGCAAGCACAUGCUAAACUUCAGCUAUUUUAUUCUUAACAAUGAUGAAAGGCUGGAAAUACAGGACAGAUGUUUGCCUGUGUAUACAGACCGUUAGUCUGGGCUA